UUUCGAAACUCUUAUACUGGAAGAUUUCCUAUUCUGAUAUUCAAAGUACUCUCUGGUAAACCGGCACUGAGCUAUUCUGAUAAGCUAAAAAUCUAACUUCCCCAAUUCAUCCUCCUCAAAUUCUGGCCUUCGCAAUGUCUGAACAACACCCAUAAUGGAACCUUCAAUCUCCAAUCCUUCAGAAACCAUCCCUUCUCUCACAGAACAACAAAACCCUAACUCUACCUCCGUUCCUACCUCAAAUUCUGUCUCUAUACAGAACACAAUCCCAAUCCUGUCUACAGAUUCCUCCUCCACCCCAAUCCCCAACUCUACCUCGGUUCCUAAUCAAAAUUCAAUUUCUAACUCUAACAAUAACCCUAAUUUAAAUCAUCAUCAUCAUCCACCUCUUACUCCCCCCUUCCCUAAGAAGCCAAGGAAAGGCGGUAGAGCUCCUCGAUCGUCGCCUCUUUCUAUCAACGACCAGGUAUUUCCCCAGUUUAAUUAUUCUAAUGGUAGACCCAAUGGGAACAUUAAUGGAAACGCUGGCGGUAAUAGACAACAAAUUCCUUCUAGUUCUUCAUCAAAUUUUAUGAAAUCCAAUUUAGAGACUUCACAUUCUUUGCCCCCAUUACCCAGUACUACUGCGAGUAUUGGCAGGACUAUUCCUGAUAUAUCUGAAGAGAUUAUAUUUAUUAAUAAAGAAGCUACUUCUGAAGCUUUAACAGCACUAACUUCAGGAUUUCCAGCUGAUUCUCUCACUGAAGAGGAAAUUGAAGCUGGAGUUGUUUCAGUUGUAGGAGGUAUUGAACAGGUUAAUUAUACAUUAAUUAGAAACCAUAUACUAACUAAAUGGAGGGAAAAUAUAAACAGUUGGUUAACAAAAGAAUCGUUAGUGCGUUCAAUACCUUCUCAUGGUCAUGCCCUUUUGAACUCGGUCUAUAGUUUCUUGGUUUCGCAUGGAUAUGUUAAUUUUGGGGUUGCACCUGCGAUCAAGGAAAAGAUUCAAGUAGAGGCGACUAAACCGAAAGUUAUUAUAAUCGGAGCAGGAUUGGCUGGUUUAGCAGCUGCUAGGCAAUUAAUGACAUUCGGGUUUAAAGUUGUUAUUCUGGAGGGGAGGAAAAGAGCUGGUGGACGGGUUUAUACCAAGAAAAUGGAGGGUUCAGAUAAAAUUGCUGCGGCAGAUUUGGGGGGAAGUGUUUUGACGGGUACAUUUGGGAACCCACUUGCAAUUGUAGGCAGGCAGUUGUCUUGCUCUCUUCAUAAGGUAAGGGAUAAAUGUCCUCUUUAUAAGCCAGAUGGGAAGCCAGUUGAUCCUGAUAUGGAUAUGAAAGUGGAGACAGCAUUUAACCGACUUUUGGAUAAAGCGAGCCGUCUCAGACAGUCAAUGGGGGAAGUUUCUGUUGAUGUUUCACUUGGGUCUUCGCUUGAGACUUUUAGAGAGGUCUAUGGAGAUGCAGUGACUAGUGAGGAGAUGAACUUGUUUAAUUGGCAUCUAGCAAAUUUAGAAUAUGCAAAUGCAGGUUUGCUUUCACAGCUUUCCCUCGCGUUUUGGGACCAGGAUGAUCCAUAUGAUAUGGGAGGGGACCAUUGCUUCUUGCCCGGGGGUAAUGGGAGGUUAGUUCAGGCAUUGGCGGAAAAUUUACCUAUCUUAUAUGAAAAAACUGUGCACACCAUCCGUUGUGGUAGCGACGGAGUGCAGGUUCUUGCAGGGAACCAAAUUUUUGAAGGAGAUAUGGCACUUUGUUCAGUUCCGCUUGGGGUAUUGAAGAGUGGCUCUAUCAAGUUUGUUCCAGAAUUGCCUCAAAGGAAGCUUGAUGGAAUAAAGAGAUUGGGUUUCGGACUUUUGAAUAAGGUUGCAAUGCUAUUCCCCCAUGUGUUCUGGGGAACGGAGCUCGACACAUUUGGGCACCUCUCUGAUGAAUCGAGUCGUCGGGGGGAAUUUUUUCUAUUUUACAGCUAUGCUACUGUGGCCGGAGGUCCCCUCUUGAUUGCUUUAGUAGCAGGAGAAGCUGCACAUAAAUUUGAGAGCAUGCCCCCUACUGAUGCUGUGUCCCAUGUCCUGCAGAUCCUAAAGGGUAUUUAUGAGCCACAGGGAAUUGAUGUUCCAGAGCCAAUUCAGACUGUUUGCACUAGGUGGGGUAGUGAUCCCUUUAGUUUAGGUUCAUAUUCGAAUGUCGCCGUGGGAGCAUCUGGGGACGAUUAUGAUAUCUUAGCUGAGAGUGUUGGAGAUGGGAGGCUUUUCUUUGCUGGGGAAGCCACUAACAGGAGAUAUCCUGCAACCAUGCAUGGAGCAUUCCUCAGUGGACUUAGGGAAGCUGCAAACAUGGCUCACCAUGCUAAUGCUCGGGCACUGCGUGUAAAAGUGGAGAGGAGUCCAUCAAAGAAUUCUCAGUCUUGCGCUGCCCUUCUGACCGAUUUAUUCAGGGAGCCAGAUCUUGAAUUUGGGAGCUUUUCGGUUAUUUUGGCUUGUAAGAAAUCUGAUCCCAAGUCGGCAGCAAUUUUGAGGGUCACAUUUAGUGGACCUCGGAAGAAGAACACUGAAGGAUCAAAACCAGAUCAACAGCACUCUAAUAAGUUGCUCUUUCAGCAGCUUCAGUCACACUAUAAUCAGCAGCAACAGCUUCAUGUUUAUACCUUGCUGUCAAGACAACAUGCUCUUGAACUGACUGAGGUUAGAGGAGGUGAUGAGAUGAGAUUGCACUAUUUAUCUGAGAAGCUUGGAGUGAAGUUGGUAGGUAGGAGAGGUUUGGGUCCUGCUGCAGAUUCUGUUAUUGCUUCUAUCAAGGCUGAGAGGGUACUCCGCAGAUCAGCAUCAACUUUUUUGGCUCUUAAAUCAGGUACAUCGAAGCAGAGGUCUGUCAAUUCCAAGCAAAAAUUAGUCAGGAGGGCAAAAGUAAUUCGCAACGGCAGUAGUGCUGCACCUCGUCCGACCUCUUCAGCUUCUCCUUCUGCAUCUCGUAUUGCCUCUACUGCUGCUUCUGCACUUCGUCCUGUCUCUGCGGAUUCUCCACCUGCCCCUCGUCCUGUCUCUUCAGGUCCUCCUCCUGCACAUCGACUAGGCUCUGCAGGUUUCCCUCUUGCACCUCGUCUUUGUUCCAGCCCUCCUUCUGCACAGCGUCCUGCCUCUGGAAGUCCUUCUACUGCACCUUGUUCUGGCACUGUAGCUCAUACUGUAUCUCGACUCGUCUCAUCAGCUCCUCUUGCACCGCAUUCCGUUGCUGUAGCUUCGACAGCUACACCUCAUCCCAAUGAUGCAGCUCAUUCUACUGUACCUUGUAAUGGCUCUGCAGCUCCCUCUGCACCUGAACUCAUCUCCGCAGCAUCUGUUGCACCAAAUUUCGAUGGUGUAGCUUCAUCAGUUACUCCUCAUCCCAGUGAUGCAGCUCAUCAUACUGCACCUUGUAUGGGCUCUGCAGCUUUGCCUGAACCUGUCUGCACAGUGUCUCUUGCACCGCAUCUCGAUGAUCUAGCUUUGUCAGUUACUCCUCAUCUCAGUGAUGCAUCUCUUUUUGCUGAACCUUUUCUUGGCUCUGCAGCGCCUUCUGUGCCUCACCCCCCAUCACCCCCCUUAGAACCUCCAAUGGAUGAUGUAUCUUGUCCUGUCUUAGCAACUCCUCUGGAAGCUCCACCUCUUCCUGCCUUUUCUCCUCCUCUCGACCCUGCACCUCUUCUUGCCUUCGUAUCUCCUCCUGUCUUAUCACCUCCUUCCGAUUUUGUAUCUUCUCCCAGCUAUGUGUCUUCUCUCGUCUCUGCCCCUCUUCCCAACUCUGUAACUCCUCCAAUGAAUACAGGUCUUGAUUCGUGAAAAAGGAUACUGAAACGAACAGACCUAGAUGGCACAUUGGUCCCUUUGGAUCUUCUAUUUGAUCGCGCAUCAACCAGCAUGGUGUUGGUUAUUGGUAUACACUAUAUGGGGUGGCUGGAACUUACCUCUGGUAACCCACUUGGAAGGAUGGACAUCUGAACCCAAUCUCAUAAUCCCGUAAGGAACAACCACGAGUCAUAUGAACAAGCUUCCUCAUUUUCAAAAAGCUGGUCUCUUGUUUCGCCCCUGUCAAGGGAUUGAUCUUCCUGAAGGCUGAAACCCAAGUUAUUUGUUUUUGGUUAAUCAGCAGAGGAGCAAAUGCCAGUGAGUGAGUUUUGGCGAUUCUUCAUGAUUUAGAAGAGUGUGUAUGGUUCAGUCUACCUCACACGGAGCUCCCAAAGUUUUUCACACUAGAUAUUGAUAUAACAAAGUACUGUAAUUGAGUAAAUGUAAUGUAAAGCACUGAAUUUUUUUUAUCCACGUGUCUUUUCUACCUACUAGUGUGACAUAUAAAUGACAAUUUUCCAUUUUUUUUCUU